UUGGCGCUCGCUCAGAAAAUUGGCGUGACCUGGAGGGGAAACACAUGGGGAGGCGCGUAGGAAGCGAAGAAUUGGCGGGCAUCGGCGGCAAAUUUCAGAAUUAGGAGUAGCUAGCUCCGGCGGAUAUCUGGCGGGAUUGGACUGGUUUCGAGCAAGCGAAAAAGUUAGAUAUAUAAUUGGACCACUGUCGCAGCGCUGCUGAUUUUCAGCUUCAUACCCAAAAUCAGUUAUUAGGACUAUUUUUUAACACUCUUGGAGAUGCUCUAAGCAUGCAUCGUCCAAAUGCCCAAUCCCAACACCAAACGCUCGCAGGAGGUGGUCAAUAGAGGUCAGAGGGGCUUGCCGGAGAAGGCGGUUACGCUUGCUUUCUCCUUUUCCUCCUUUUCUUUUGCAAAUAUUCUACCUACUGCAGUGAAGAUUGAUGGCUAGAAAUUCAUCACUGCAUAACAAAUUAACAAUUCGGUUAUAGUUGACUGCUAGAAGAUCCAGUCAUAGUUGCUAUGCUACGAUCGUCAAUCCCGAUCAAGGCAACCCCGAAAACAUUCUACCAGCUCGUCAGAACCGCUGGUGGAUCGAGUCCACGGUAAACCGACCGGCCGCCAUGGACCGCGAAGCGCUCCGCAUGGUCUGCUCGCCGCAGUUCUGGCGCAUGGCCGUCCUCUGGGCCAUCUCCCUCCUCCACUCCUACUUCCUCGUCUUCCUCCGCGGCCGGGCCGCGGCCACCCCUGGCCGCCGGCGACCGCGGCCCGGCGCUGGCCGCCGCCCCAUCUGCGUGGUCACUGGGGCGACGUCGGGGCUGGGCAGGGCGGCGGCGGCGGCGCUGGCGCGGGAGGGCUACCACGUCGUGCUCGCUGGGCGUUCCACGCAGUUGUUAUAUGAGACUGUUCAACAAAUUCGGAAGCAACAACCAGAUGUCCGUCUUGAAGCAUUUCAACUCGACUUGGCAUCAUACAAGUCAAUAAAGAAGUUUGGAACUUCUCUGAAGCAGUGGAUUCAGGAGACAAGUUCAGAGCCUGCUAUCCAGCUUUUGAUUAAUAAUGCUGGCAUAUUAGCAAAGUCACAUCGAGUGACCGAGGACGGGCUUGAUGAGAUGAUUCAGACCAACUACAUUGGUCCCUUCGUCCUGACCAGCAUUCUUUUACCAUUGCUGAAGAACAGCUCGAUACCUUCUCGAGUGGUUAAUCUAACAUCUUUCACACACAGAUGUGUAUCAGGUAUUGAUGUGUCUGAGGAUGCAUUGAGAGGGAUGAAAUUCAGUCCGUGCUCAGUAGGAAAAAGCUACCCCUUAGCUUCUACUUAUGAGUAUACCAAACUUUGUAUACUGAUGUUCUCAUAUGAACUUCAUCGACAGCUUCACAUGUCAUCUGCCGUCUCUGUCAUUGCCGCUGAUCCUGGUGUUGUGGAAACAAAGAUCAUGCGAGAGCUUCCCAAGUGUCUUUCAUGGUUUGCAUUCUCGGUUCUGCGCUUCCUGAAUCUCCUGCAGGAACCUGAUACCGGGGUUGGUUCCAUCCUUGAUGCUGCUUUGGCGCCGCCUGAAGAAUCUGGGAAGUAUUUCUUUGGAGGGAAAGGGAGAAUGAUCAGAUCCUCCCGGCUGUCGUACGACAUGGAAAUAGCCAAGAAGCUGUGGGCAGAAUCGUGGGCGGUGUUCAAGGAUCUUCAGCUUAGAGAAGGUGAUUUUGGGAACGGUUAAAAGUCAUAUAGAAAAUCAGAUAAUUCUGGCAUGCUAUUAUUUUUCUUUUGUAUGGUCCGAUUUUGGCCCUUGUAGUGUAAUGAAAUUUUGCAAAAUCCUUAUAUGGCGCCUGUGUGCUGCUCCGGAUUGCAGCGACCGUGGCAUCUGCUGCUCCACACAUUA